GCCAUUGCUGCAGCUUUCUGAUCUCUUCUGGAGCUCACCUUAGACUUCCGCUUCCUCCUUUCUCAUCUUUCACCUGCGUGUCGUCCACUCCCCCCGGACCUCCCGCUGAUCCCGCCUCUCUCUGAUCUCUUUCAACUUACCCCGCCGUCCCUCUUUCUUCCUGGGCCAUCUACUGCGCGUCCGACGAGCGUCUUUCCGUUUCCUCUCUCUCGUCGUCAUUCAGAUUGAAACACCACCAUGGCCUCCGAACAGCCUACCGAAGCUCCCUCCGGUGGAUCUCUUGCCGAUCGCGUUUCCAAACCCGAGGAGUCGCAGACCGAACAAUCCACAGACUGGGCCGACCAGACCGACCAGACCGAUGGCGCAUCUGGGCAACAGGGCGGCUCCGACCUGCACGAGCCCGAAUACACCGUGGAGGUCAAGCUGAGUGAUCUCCAGGCCGACCCCAAUAACCCUUUGUACUCGGUGAAGAAUUUCGGUGAUCUCGGAUUAGACCCUCGCAUUCUGCAAGGUCUAUCCGCCAUGAACUUCCGUAAACCCUCGAAGAUCCAAGAGCGAGCUCUUCCCCUGCUGCUCAGCACCCCCGCCAAGAACCUGGUCGGUCAGUCGCAGUCCGGUACCGGAAAGACGGCCGCCUUCGUCCUGAACGUCCUCAGUCGCCUGGACCUUUCGUCGGAACAAAUGCAGAAGACUCCCCAGGCGCUGAUCUUGGCUCCCACUCGAGAGCUGGCGCGCCAGAUCGUCGGCGUCGUCCAGGUCAUGGGUCAGUUCUUGGAAGGCCUGUCGAUUGGCACCGCCGUGCCUGCGGAUAGCAACAGUCGCGUCGCCCGGAUGGAGUGCUCCGUCGUCGUCGGUACUCCGGGAACCGUGAUGGAUAUGGUCAAGAAGCGCAUCAUGGUGGCCAACAAGCUGAAGGUGCUCGUUCUGGACGAGGCCGAUAACAUGCUCGACCAGCAGGGUCUGGGUGACCAGUGCAUUCGUGUCAAGGCACUUCUGCCGAGAGACAUCCAGGUCGUUCUCUUCUCCGCCACCUUCCCCGAACACGUCCACGCCUACGCCUCCAAGUUUGCCCCGAACAGCAACGAAAUCACCUUGCAGCACGAGGAGUUGACCGUGGAGGGCAUCAAGCAGCUGUAUUUGGACUGCUCGAACGAUGACGACAAGUACGCGCAUCUCGUCAAGCUCUACGGUCUCCUUACCGUGGGAUCUUCCAUCAUCUUCGUCAAGACCCGCCAAUCUGCCGCCGAAAUCGAAAAGCGCAUGGUCGCCGAAGGCCACACGGUUGCGUCGUUGACCGGUGGUAUCGAGGGUUCGCAGCGUGACUCCGUCAUCGAUGAGUUCCGUGCCGGAAACGCCAAGGUGCUGAUUACGACCAACGUUCUCGCGCGAGGAAUCGAUGUGUCCACGGUUUCCAUGGUCGUCAACUACGACAUCCCCGAAUUGCACCAGCCCGGAGCUCGCCAGCGCCAGGCCGACUACCAGACCUACCUGCACCGUAUCGGUCGUACCGGACGAUUCGGCCGUGUCGGCGUCUCGAUCUCGUUCGUGUCGAACCGCGACGAGUGGGAAAUGCUCAACCAGAUCCAGAGAUAUUUCAACACCGACAUCCAGCGGAUCGACACCAAUGACUGGGACGAAGUGGAGGACAUCAUCAAGAAGACGAUCAAGAACACCCGUGCCCAAGCCGGUUUUGGGCGGUAAACGGACGCAUCGCGGGCCAAUGACGGAAUGAGAGGAAUCCGAUUGCCAACUCAGAGCAUCGCUCGUGCCUGCAUGCGUUGGCUCACCGACUCGACGCACUUUCAGACGAGGGGCAAUUUGGACUUGCUGUUGUGUGCUUUUAUGCGUGAAGAAGUUAUGAUCCGAUGCGACCAGGUUUGCGAGAAAAUAAUAGAUACCAAUUUACUUGAGUUGUCGGAAUGACCGUGUACUUAGUGCGGGUAGUAGUGGCUGAUGGCUUGAGUUUAUCUUGUUAAUGCCAAGGGUGGAAUCUAGAAGCGCCCGAUUGAUGAAUCCAGA